AUGAUGGUGGUGCCGGGAAGCGCUCCCAUCAUCCAGCAGGACCAUGCUCUGGAGCCUGACUUGGGACGGGACUCACCGGAGAACUCUGCCAUGGGCCCCGGCACGGAGUCAGCCUCCGAGGAGGUCGGCGCGGAGCUGGAGGAGGUGCGGAAGCUGCGGGAGCUGGUGAGGAGGCUGGAGCUGGAGAACCAGCACCCCAGGAUGAAAAGCAGCAGGAGCAGCGUGCUCGGGACAAACCUGCAGAGCGAGCUCCGUCCUGGCGUGGAUAACCACGGCUCCGGCCUGAACGGGAUGGAAAUUCAUAACAGCAUCAACGCCAGGACGGAGCAGCAGGAGUUGCAGAUAAUGGCAGAUAUUCACAGUCAGUUAAGCAAGAUGAGAAAAGAGGAAGGAGAGAACAACUGCUUGAGGAAAGACCUGGAUGCCCAAGAGCGCUGUAGCUGCGGCAGCGCCACCGAGGAGUUGCCUUGCGACGGGCGUAAGGCGGGAGCGAAGAGCGACGAUGACGUGAGGUGUUCCCUGUGGACGGGCGCGGGGGACGGCGCAGAGCUCGGGAGAGACUUGGUCACCGCAGGUGCUGAUCCCGCCGUUACAAUAAGUGAACGAAAUCCCAGGGAAAAAUGCGGAGAUCUACCGAGUCUUUCGAGUAACGCGGAUCUGGAUGAAGUGAAAGUGUUGGAACUCGAAAACUGCAGCGAAGAGGAAGAUAGCUGGCUUUACGUGUCCCCGAGGAAAUCUACCGUAGAUCAGAAAACGGACUCCCCUUUAAAAUGGUGUCGCCAGGUAUUGGAUAAUCCCAGUCCUGAGACCGAAGCAGCCUGCCGAACUCUUAUAAACAGACUGGAUCAAGCCAGUAGAUGGAAAAACCUGUAUUGCAGUCCAUUGGCAUCACCAAGCACGUAUAACUUGAAUACAGAGCCAGGCUCCUGUAGCAAUGCACUAAACUCUCCCGGGCAUCUCAAAUCGACUAACAAAGCACUACUAACCUGUGGCAGCUCAGGAUACCUGAGCAUGCAUUCUGCUCUGAGCUCUCAGUCGUCGGUGGACAGCGAGCUGAGUACCUCUGACGACUCCAUCUCCAUGGGCUACAAACUGCAGGACUUGACUGAUGUCCAGGUUAUGGCACGCCUGCAGGAGGAAAGCCUCCGCCAGGAUUGUGCCUCCAGCUCUGCCUCUGUGUCCCGGCGCAGUUCCAGUGCCUCCCUUCACUCCUUGCGCAGAGGGACCUACAGCGACCAGGAGUUCGACACGUACAGCCUCGAGGACGAGGAUGACUACGACUGCUCCCUGUCGUACCGUAGCGCUCACAGAUACUCACCCUCUCCGCUCAGUUCGCCCCGGUGUCAGUCCCCUUCUUCCAGCACAGAUUACAGCAGGUCAUCUGCUUCCCGAAUCCGGCCCCCGAGGAGAUCCGUGCAAAGUCCGAUGCAAGACCGUCUCAAGUACGCGAACAGCGAAGAGGAGAUGCGCCACAGCAUGCCCAACCUGGCCAGGUCGAGCCUUCGAGCUUUGGAGUCUGUCCGGAGCAGCCGGAGCUUGGAGUCAGACCUGCAGGUGCCGAGCAGUCGGAUCCCAAGAACUCAGCAGCGGUCAGCAGGUCUGGCUCCCAGUAAGCUCAGGUAUUCCUCCGGUGCUGGGCAGUCUCCCCUCACAGUGCGACAACCCCUGAAAGCCGGCUCGUGCACAAACUCUCUGUUGACACCCAGGCAGCCGGUGAAAGCCGGCAGUUACACUGGCCCCGUGAGCGGCGUUCGAAAACCACAGGUGUCUUCGCUUAGUACGGGCUCUUCCAGCAGCAAUUGCACUACCAGGAGCAGUAACAUCGUCACCGUGGCAAAAAAUUCACCCAUGAAAGCACGCGCGUCCAUGGGAGGAAUCUCGGUGCCCAAGAGCAAGCCCACACCUCCAUCCAGGAGGUUUCUUCAGUCGGCGCAGACGGCCGAGGACGAUUCCUGGAAGGAGGGGUGUUACUGA